ACCCGUCCCGUCCAGGUGAGAUGGGGUAUAAGGAAAGGUGCCAAGCAAAGAGGGUAUUCGAUUGUAAUUGGUGCAGUGGGUAGGCGCUAAGAUGGCUUCGUCCGCUAACAAACUGAAGGCGUUCUUUGCCAUUGUUUGUUUCGUGAAUUCUUCUUUGGGGAGCUACGUGGUCACAGUCCCCAAGAAGUGGUUUCCAGGAGGGGAAUUGCAGGUGUGUGUCCAGGUGAAUAAUCCUCAGGCCCCACAGGGGAAAAUAACCAUCAGCAUCCAUCAUCUUUCGCGACGACAAGGCUUCUUCCCAGAUGAGGAGGAACUAGAGAAAAAACUGCUGACAGAGCAAUCCAUACAGGUGCCGCCAGGUGACCAACACCUUUGCAGCAACAUUCCCAUAUCAGACGCAACACAAGAACCAACGCCGUGGCCAAGACGCGAUACCAUAUCCAUCACCGGAGUGCUUGAUGGCAUUGCUGUCAACCAUACCGGUGCUAUAGAUCGUCAGGCAAACCACAACAAGACAAUUGUGCAAACUGACAAGUAUCUGUACAAACCAGGGCAAACAGUCCAGUUCAGAGUGCUGACACACUCUGGUCCCCUGAUGAAUAUUUCCACUGAAAACUACCAAGAGAUCUACAUAACAACUCCAUCUAACAACCGAAUUGCCCAAUGGUUAGACGUUGACAACUCCAAAGGCCUGGUGCAUCUCUCAUUCCAACUUGCUGAUGAACCUGAGGAGGGAGUCUACCGCAUCAAACUGAACAAUGAAAAGGGUACUGAAACUGCAACCACCUUUGAGGUGAAAGAAUAUGUCCUGCCCAAGUUUGAGGUCACUGUGAAACCACCUAAAUACAUUCUGGCAACCGCCAGCAACAUUACCUUUACUGCCUGCGCCAAAUACAAUUUUGGUGAACCAGUCAGAGGGAAUAUUUCUUGGGAGGUCAGCAACCUGCAAAAUCUUGGAUGCCAAUCAGUCUUCACAAAGAACGACACGAUUUCUGGCUGCAGUGAAAUAACAAUCGAGUCCUAUCACUUGCAAAUGAUUGACUGCAAUGUUUACAACAUCAGGGCUGUGGCCACAGUUACAGAGGAGGGCACCGGGGCAGCUGAGACAGGCAAGGGAGAAGUCAGCGUUGAAAGAACGGCAAUCUACUUUGAAGCAUUGUUCAGGGACGAAUUUAUGAAACCCAACUUGCCUUUCACCCUCAAGGUACUGGCUAAAUCACAUGAUGGAUCCCCUGCUGGUGGAGAACCCCUCGAGAUCUGCCACGGAGUAUCUUGCCGUAACAUCACUACCCCUUCAGACGGCAUUGUGAAAGUUUACUUAAACAAUCCUCAAAGCAAGAAAGUAACGAUCAAACAUCUGGUAACCAGAGCACUUUUAAACGAAGCGAGAUAUACUAGCUCUGUGAAGAGGUUCUACUCUCCAUCAAACUCAUCACUGCUCAUCCAUGCUCCAGAGCAGACUAUCAACUGUUCCAGUGGUGAGGAAACCAGCCACACAUUAAGGGUCUUGUUUGCAGCUGUUCAACAAAAGUCUGCUGUUCUGAAUGUUCAGAUUAUGUCACGAGGAAAAAUUCAAUACUUUAAGUCACAAGAGUACGACCUGGCUUCCUCUAAGUUGCCUUUCGAGGGAGAGUUCUUCAGAGAUCCUAUAUCUCCCAUCCCAGCAAAUGCUGUCACUGGUGUUCUUGACAUUCCAGUGAGUCUGCCUUCGACUGCAUCGCCAAAGAUAAAGGUACUGGUAUGGUACAUAAAAGACGACGGAGAGUUGGUCUCUGAUGCAAAGGAGAUGACUGUAGAAAAGUGCCUACCUAACAAAGUAGACUUCUCCUGGUCCACCAACAGGACCCAACCAGGAGACUCAGCUUCAUUAACGUUAGUUUCUGCUCCAGAUUCUAUAUGCAGCUAUGGUGUUGUGGAUAAGAGCGUCGAAUUGGUAUCAGGCAGAGAGGAUACAGUCACUGUUGACAGUUUCUUUGUGAACGACAAUCAUUACAAUCUCAAUCCUUGGUCCCAUCAGCAGGUGGAUGACUACAAGCACUGCAGGAGGCAGCUGCAAACAGAUCUUGAAGAUGAAGGAAUGUACAAUUACUACACAGAUUAUGUCGAUACUCUACGUAUGUUUGACCAAUCCGGCCUUUACAUCUUCACGGACCUAACGCUGGAAACUAGACCAUGCGCCAAAGCUCUUUAUGUUGGUGGAUUAAUUGAUACUAGAAGUGGAGGUCUACGACCCGAGUCUCUAAGCUUUCAAUCAAUAUCACAUUUUACGCCCGCAUCACCUGCUGCAGGCGAUACAUCAGGUGACGAACCAAGAACAGACUUCCCAGAAACCUGGCUUUGGAAUCUCGUGGUUGUUCCGUCAAAUGGAACGCUCAAACAGGAAGUCGAGGUCCCUGACACAAUUACCGAAUGGGUUGGAAAGGCCGUGUGCGUCCAUCCAGAGGUAGGUGUUGGCGUAUCGGAAAGGGCUUCUCUCAUCACCUACACCACCUUCUUUGUGGACCUCACACUUCCUCCCUCCAUCAAGAGAGGAGAAAUCCUGCCAGUCAAGAUCUCUGUCUUCAAUUACCUUCAGCAACCCUUGCCAGUGAGGGUUACCCUGGAUGCCAGUACAGAAUUUGAGCUUAUAGGAGAAGACAACGCUAGCUUGCCAGCAGGCCAAAGGGUAUCCUGCGUUGGAGCACAGGACAAGCACGUCCACACCAUCAAAAUAAAACCCACCAUUAUAGGAGAAGUGAACAUUACUGUCAGAGCCUUUGUGGACAGUGAAACAUCUUUGUCUUGCGGUGGUGUUAACUCUAACGAUGUUAAAAAAAGAGAUGCACUUGUAAGGCCCAUAACAGUAGAGGCAGAAGGCUUCUUAAGGGAAGAAACUUGGAGCAAAUACAUCUGUGCCAAUGAAGUAGCAGAAGGACAAGACUCCUUGGACACAGCAGAAUUAAUUGUACCCCUGGGUAUGGUGGAAGGAUCUGAAAGGGCAUGGGUCACUGCCGUAGGGGAUCUAUUGGCCAUAUCUUUACAGAACCUUGGAUCUCUCAUUCGUAUGCCGUACGGAUGUGGGGAACAGAACAUGGUGAACUUUGCUCCAAAUGUAUUCAUCUUGAAGUACUUACAAGCUACAAGACAAGAGACCUCGGAAGCAAAGGACAAGCUACUCAAGUUCAUGAGAACAGGAUAUCAACGCCAGUUGCUAUAUAGGCACAGUAAUGGUUCCUACAGUGCAUUUGGCAAGGCUGAUGACUCGGGCUCAAACUGGCUUACUGCUUUUGUCCUAAAGUCCUUUUCUCAAGCAAGAGAAUUUAUAAUGAUUGACGAGGGAAGCCUGAAUGAGACAACGACAUGGCUAAUCAAUAACUAUGGCAAUGGAACUUGCGCUCAAUCCAUCGGAAAAGUUUUCAGCAAGGGGCUGAAGGGAGGCCUUGGCACUGGAAAGUCCUCAGAUGUUCCACUGACAGCAUACAUCCUGAUAUCUCUUCUGGAAUCCGAAGUCUCUGCAUCAGACCCCACAGUGCAAAAGGCUCUGAGGUGCCUCAUUCAAGACAAUGCCAGAGACUCUUACACGAUGGCCCUGAAAGCCUAUGCUCUGGCCCUUUCUGGAGUCCCAGAGGCUCCUGGAGUGCUUCUACAGCUACUGCAACAAGCUACAAUUACCAAAAACUCGACACACUGGGAGCUGCCAAAAGGAGCAGGUGCCUAUCCAGCAAGCAGUAAGUCACUAGAGGUUGAGACGGCUGGAUACGCCAUCUUGGCUAUGAUGACCACAGAUCCUAAAGCUCACGAACUACAAGCAAGAAAAGUGGUCAAAUGGAUUACCACUCAGAGGAGUGGCAGAGGUGGUUUCUACUCCACACAGGAUACAGUUGUUGCUCUUCAGGCUCUGGCCAGUUACGAGUCUACGCAGUACCAGGGCGACCUGAAUGUCAAAGCUCUAGUCGAGGCGAAUGACUUUUCCCACUCAUUCAGCAUCAUAGAAUCUAACAAACUCUUACAUCAAGAGACAUCUUUGCCAAUCCUUCCAACUAAUGUCUCCUUCAGGAUGGAGGGCCAGGGUUGUGCUGUACUCCAGACUGUUCUCCGUUACAAUGACCCCGAGCCUGAAGCGAGCGAUGCAUUUAGCCUGAGAGUGAACUCCAGAACAGAGGAAGAUCCUUUCUGCGUGACGAAGCGUAUCUCCGCUUGUGCCGCUUACCUACUACCUGACGGAGCUUCCAAUAUGGCUGUUAUUGAAGUCAACCUCGUUUCUGGUUACAUACCAGAGAAGGAGGACUUGAAAAAGUUGCUGAAGGAAAACAAAGACAUCAUCAAAAGAUACGAAGUCGACGGCAACAAAGUCUCCUUCUACAUUGAAGAAUUCACAGCCAAAGAGGUCUGCGUCACUUUCCGGGUCACACGCCAAGUCAAUGUGGAAGAUGCAAAGCCAGGCUCUGUUGUAGUCUAUGAUUACUAUCAGCCAGAAUUCUCCAUAAGCAAGGUGUACAAUCUCCCAGCUGCAUCUCAGUGUUACCCAAACUGAAAAUUCUACUGGGACGUUUCCUGAAAUCUUCUGCCAUGGACUUUAAUGGUUGCGUCAAAAUCCCAGGUGCUUUAUAGUACAACAGUUAACAUUUUUGUUCUCAAAUUGUAUUUGUUGCCCUGUUAUGAAUGAAUGUCGCAGUAUUUGCGUUGUGAAAUGAUAUAUGAGCAUUAAAACAUUUAGUUUAGUACAA